AUGGGAGCUCUUAGAAAUAAAGAUCUGCACCCGGCAAACGGCUCAAUCAUUCCACAUCUGCUACUCCUAGCAGCGCAGUUAUUGAUUCUCGCCGGCCCUCGUCAGCUCCCCGGAAGCCGAAUAGUAGCUGCGACGGUAAUUCUCACGCUGGCAGUGGCAGCCCAAUGCAAUCGAUUUACCAACAACCCAGGACUUGCCAACCUCUUUGCCCUGGCGUGGCCUCACUGGCUCUCGGCUUUGGAAAAGACCGUUUUUGCAUCCCCAGGAGGACCCGAAAAUGAUCUAUGGAGAAUAGACCGGGCCACUAGAGAAGCUAUUGCAUGGCCAGCUCUGAGUUGGAGGAAGAUAAAAUGGGCAGUGACUAUUGUGCUGAAUCUCAGGGGUAUCAGGUGGAGCUACCAGGUCAAAAAUGUUCCUCCGGUUGCAGGUUUGGACCGUAUGAGCCGUGCACGGUUCCUGAUAUGGCGUCUUACUGAGUUCGCCUUGGUUAUACUGAUGGCGGACCUGGUUUCACAGAUGGGCCGCCGUCUCUUCUUCAGCAAUGCCCCUGGCGUUGUGGGAACUCUGGACUCCAAGUAUAUCACUGUCAGCGACCAUCGACUGGGAUGGAGCUUCCUGAAGGCCUUGACUUUUGACUGGGACCAUACUACUUUAUCAACAUGCAUAUCUGUGUUGUCCUCCAUUGGUGGCUGUAGCGUUGGGUAUCAGUCGACCAUCCAGUGACGUCUCAGCCCGUUAUAUGGGAGGCAAAAUAUAUAUACACUGAUGCUGACGAUAACUUAACAUAACAGGACUGGCCACCGCUGUUUGGUAAAUUGAAAGAAGCCACCACUAUGAGAAACUUCUGGGGUAUAUUCUGGCAUCAAAUGCUACGCAGGGUUCGUCUUUUCAGCGUCCUCUUCAUGGCCGAACAGACAGCUGACAAGCCAAAAAGUCUCUUAGCACGAUCACCGGCGCCUUUGUCGAUGCUGUAGGCAUCCACCGGGGCACAAACGCAUCCUCCUACACCCAGCUUUGGCUGGCCUUCACCAUUUCGGGUGUGAUGCAUGCUCUUUCACAGUUGUUGAUGCCUCGACCGGCAAACAUCACACCCGGCGAGAUUGUUAUUGGCAUCUUCCUCUUCUUCCCUUGUCAGGCGGCGAUGAUCACGGCUGAGGACUUCGUCAUCUGGC